AUGCAAGCUGAUAAAAGAAAUAAUGCGAUAUUGAAUGAUGGAGAUAAUAUUAUUAAAUGUCUUCUUACUAUAGAUUUACUUUUUAAUUCUAUAAAAAGGCAUAUUUUUACAUAUGAAACACCUUUACAAUUAAAAGAAUGCAAUGAUAAUAAAAGAAGAGAAGAAAGAGGAAAUGAUGAACAGUAUAUUAAAAUUUUUUUAGACUCAUAUGAUAUUGAAAAAUUAUGCCAAUUUUCACCAGAAAAAUUAAUUAUAUUAUUUCCUAUACAAUAUUGUGAUAAAAAAUCUGAUGAUGUUGAAGAUAGAUUUAAAAAUUUAUUCUAUUCAUUACAUAAUGAAUUAUCUAAUGAUUUUCAUGGUUGUAUAAGACAAGAAGGAACAAAAUAUUGGGAAGAUGAAUUUUAUGAAAUCAAAAAUACUAUAAAAAUGGAAAAUAAUAUAAAUUCUCCCUUAUUUAAAAAUGAAUUUAACUUAAAUUUAAAUUGGAAAAAUUUAAUAAAUAAUGAAAGUAAUAUUGCUAAAGAAAAAGAAAUAGAUAAAAAUAAUGAUGUGGAAGUUAUUCAUGAUAAUAUAAAAAGUAAUUGUAUGGUUAACGAUGAGUUAAGUGUAUCCUCUGUAAAAAGUUAUAUGAGAUAUUAUGUAAAACAGUUAUCAUAUACAAGUCUUAUUAUUAUAUCCCUUCCAGAAAACUUUGAAGAUAUCAUUAAAAUGAAUAAUUAUAAUAUAACAAAAUUUUCAACUAUUCCUUUAUGUACACAUUUUAUUGAUGAAACAUUUUUAGCAUCAUCAUUAUCACAAAAUAUACCUAUUUUAAAAUCAUGUCCAUUAAUAGAUUUACGAUUUGGUAAAUUAAAUGAUGAAAAGAUAAUUGAACUUGAAAAUUGUAUUAAUCAAUAUCGAGAUAACGUUAAAAAUAAUACAAUUGUUUUUAAUAAUUGUAAUCCAAGAGGUGGUUAUAAUAAACCUGCUGCAUAUACAAUUAAAUUUAAUUUUCUUAAUUUUGCCAUUGAUUUAGAUGAAGUUGUUUAUACAAGAGCAUUUAUUGGUUCAGCAUUUAAAACAAUAUGUGAAAUGAAAUAUGUUCCAGAUUAUAUUAUUAAAGAAAUGAUUGAAGAAAAAUGUCAUGUUGUUAGAAGAGAAUUAUCAAGUUAUGAAAAAAAAUUAAAAAAAUUUUGUAAACAUUAUAAAAAACAUCAUACAAAGAAAGAAUAUUUUGAAAAUAAAAAAUGUUAUGAUAAAAAUAAUGAUUUUUAUCGACAAUUUAAGAUUAUAUUGGAUAAUCAUAAUUUUUCAAAAACAAAAUGUUUAAAAGAUUAUUUUAUUUAUAAUGCAAUACUAAAAAAUUGUAAUGAAAUUAUUAGUAAUUUUCAAAGAAAUGAUUGCAAUGAUGGUAGUUGUGAAAAAAAUGAUAUUACUAAGUUGAAUAGUAUUUUUAAGAAUCAUUUUAAAAAAAUUAAUGACACAAAAAAAGAAUCAAUAUCAUCUGGUAGUAUCUUAUUUACUAAUGGUGAUGACAAUGAUAGUAAAACUUCAUACAUAAAUUAUAAUGAUUAUGAAGAUAUUGAUGAUAAUUCAACAUUUAAUGAAACUGAUGGUAUAAUACAUGAACAAUUAAAAGAAAAUUUUUAUUUAUCAGAUUGUAGGUCAAAUUCUGUUUUAUCAGCAAAAUAUUUAAAAGAUGAAAUUACAACAAUUAUAUCACAUCUUGAUGUAUUAACACCACCUUUAUUUGUUCAAUUUAUUUGUGCUCUUUUAAUUCCUGGUGAAGAAAUGAUAACAUUUCCUAUAACAAUAUUUCCAAAUUGUAUAUUAGAUAUUCUUGAACAAGCACCAAUAAAAUAUAAUAUCAACAAAUUAAUGACAGUAAUUGAUAAUGUAAAAGUAUCAAUAGAUUUAUAUAUAUUAACAAAACCUAAAAGAGAAACUAUUGAAAUUCAACGAAGAAAUAAAUUAUUACUUUCUUCAAUACCAUUAACAAUGUAUAAAAAACAUAAUUGUUCACAAUUUUAUGAUAAUAUAAAUACUUAUGAUACUAUUAGUUCAUCUGAUGAUGAAAUAGGAAUAUUAAAUAAAAGAAAUGAAUGGAAAGAAAUUGAUAUUAGUGCAAUAAAAAUAAUAAAAAAUUUCUUUUUUGAUAUCAAUUAUCUUCUCAAUGCAGAGGAAUAUUUUUUAAUGUUAAAAAAUAAAUCAAAAAAUUAUGGAAAAGAUGAUUUAAAAAGUAUUUGUGAUUUUGUUGAAACAUUAUCAAAAAAAGAAACAAAUUUAGAAAAUGGAAGAUAUAAAUAUAUUUGUGAACCAAUAAAAAUGAUUGGUAAAGAUAAUACAGUAUUUAAUUGUAUACAAGAAAAUUUAACUAAUCUUAAUAUAGAAUAUAUAAAAUUAAAAAAAUCAUCGGAUUGUAAUGAUAAAGAAGUAUUUUUUUAUUCUUCUGAAAUAAUUAACAAAGGAAAAUUUAUAAGAAAAUUUUUUAAAAAUAGAAAAAUAUCAUUAAAUGAUUCUUUUUGGACAACAAAAUAUAAUAAUGAUAAGAUAAAUGAUAUUUAUAAAGAGACAAAUGAUGAAUUAUUAAAAAAUGAUAUUUUAAUAUCAUCCUUAUUUUUAAAUGAUAUUAUAAAUGAAAAAGAUAUUAAUAAUACAAUAUUAAGUUCUGAAGAUGAAAAUCAAAUUGAUUCAUUAUACAAAGAUUUUUGGAUUGUUAUUUAUAUAAAUAAAAGAAAACUUAAGAUGAUGUUAAUACAAAAAAGUCCAGAAACACAUACUAAAUUAUUUUUGAAUCUUGUUAAAAUUGUUAAAGAAAUAAUAUUAAAAAAUAAUCAAAAACAAUUACUUAAUGAUAUGUAUAGGAAAAAAAAAGUUGAUGAAAGAUUAAUAAAAAUACAUAAUAAUACGAAUAUUUUUACAAAAAAUCCCAAUGCUGGAUUAUAUGCAUGUAACAUUGUUAGUUUUCAUUAUUUUUUUAUUCAUUAUCGACUUCGAAUUAUACCUGUAGGAAUGAGAGGUAGAAAUAUGGAAAUAAAUUAUGGUUUAGAUGUUUUAGAAAAUUGUCUUAUGAAAUAUGAAUGUGAUAAUUCAAAAAUAUUUAUUUGUAAAGAUGAAAAUGAUAAUGUAUUUUUUAUGAAAUUUUUAUUAAAUGAUGAUAUUAUUAAUACAUUUUCAAAUUGUAAAUUAAAUAAUAUUUUAAAUAAUCAUGAAGGAACAAGAGAUAAAAUAUUAUUAGGAAUUUAUGGUUGUCAAAAACCAGGAUCUAAAUUUUUAAAUCAAAUAAUAAAUUCACUUUUGUCAUCAUUAAGAGAAGAAACAUUACAUGAAUUAUCAAAAGCAAUAUAUGAAACUAAAUAUAUGUUACCAUUUAAUCCUGAAGAUAUAAAAUAUUUACAACCAAAUUAUAAAAUACCAAAUUAUACAUUUUGUUAUGGUUUACCAAAUGAUAUAUAUCAUUUUAUAUAUAGUUUAAAUUAUUUUCUUCUUCAACAUUUAGAAUUAUUUUUAAAUCAACCACGUUAUGGAAAAGCAGAAUAUCUUGCAUUAUGCCAUCAUUUACCAAGAAAAUUUUCACAUGAUCUUUAUACAUUAAAUGUUCAAGAUAUUUUUAUGGAAUGGAUUAAUCCAAAUGAUUCUAAAAAUGAAAAAUCUGAUAUUUUAUCUAAUUUUUAUUAUACUAAUAGAUAUAGUCCUUCAGGAAAAUUUCCACCUGGUAUUGCUGUUAUUGAAUUACGUCUUUUAGAUGGAAAAACAAAACAAUCUGUUAAAAUUACUGAUUUAUAUAAUUCACAUAUUUUUGAUGUUAAUAAAGAGUAUAUUGAAGAAUAUAGAAAAAAUAUUAAAUAUGAUAAUGAAUCAUUAAAAAAAAUAAGUCAAUAUAUAUUUUCAAAUGAUGUUACAAAUUUAAAUUCAUCUCAUUCAUAUAUUGUACAAUUUAAUAUAUGGGAAAGUGGUAAUGCUGAAAUAGAAAGAAUAAAAAUUAAACUUGAUCAUGUUGUUCAACAAUCAAUAUUUGAUGUUUAUACAGAAUAUAUAUUUUUACAAAAAAAAUGUUUUGAAAGUGAAUUAAUGUAUGAAUCAAGUCCUGAUCUUUCACCAGAUUAUUAUGAUGAUAAUGAUAUUAAUGAAGUAUUUAUAAGAGAAAAAUCUAAAACAAUUGCUGUACCAAAAAGAAUAUUAAAUAAACAACAAUCACUAUUAACACAAGCAAAAUUUAAUUUACCAAAAUAUCCAUUUAAAAAUAGAAAAUCACAAUCAUUACAAGAUCUUAAAAAUAUUAAUUAUUAUAGAGAUAAUAAUUUAUUAAAUGAUAAAAAUUUACAUAAUAUUAAUGGUAUUAAAAUAAAUGAAAAUAGUGAAAUAAAUAGUGAAUCUGGUGGUACAGAAGAAAUUAGUAAUAAAUCUAUUUUUGCAGAUAAUAAUAUUGAUGAAAGAGAAUAUGUUGAUUUAAAUUUUUUAUUAGGAAUAGUUUCAUGGUUUGAUUUUGUAAAUGAAAUAAAUAAUUGUUAUGAUAAAUCAAAAUCAUAUAGAAAACUUGAAAUGCGUGUUGAUUCAUGUAUCUCAAUUGAUACAUCAUAUGAAAUAAUAGCAAAAAAAAUUUUUGAAACAACACCACCAGAAGAUUUAGUUUUAAGUCAGGCAUUUUAUAAAAGUAAAGAUGAUCGAAGAAAACAAGCAAAAUUAAGAGUUAUUGAAAAUGAUUUAGAACCUAUUUCAAAAUAUUCAUUAUUUUAUAAAGAAGGUGAAGAACAUAAACAACCAAUAACUCAUGCAGCAAUGUUAUUUGAUUUUAAAAUGCAAAAAGAAAUAUUAGAAUAUAUGUAUUGUUUAAAAGGUAAAGUACCUAAAAGAAUAGCAUAUAAUUAUACAUCAAAUGCUUCAUAUAAAGAAAAAAGAUUUCCAUCAUCAUUAAAUCCCUUUGUAUCAAGACAAAGAAUUUUGUUAAUUAUAGUUAAAGGAAAUCUUGUAACAUAUUAUUUUUAUAAUUUUGCUGUUGAAAUAACAGAUAUUUUAAUAAGAUCAUUUUCAAGAACAUUACAAUGGCAUGAUGCAAAAGCUAAAUUAAGUAAUGAAAUUCAAUUACAAAAAUUAGGUUAUUUUCAUGCUGUACCAACAAGAAGAGAUAAUAAUAUUAAUAAUUCAUAUGAAUUAUUAAUAACAUAUGAUCCAUAUACAUUAUCAGAAAAUGAUUAUCCACCAAAUGAUUUAGGUAUUAUUAAUUAUAAUUCAUAUCCAAAAGCUUUUAUGAGAGGAAUAAGAUUAAUGUAUAGGCAAAAUUUUUUAUUUGAUAUUGAAGGAACAUCAAAAUGUUCUUAUGCUCAAAUUAAUCAAUAUCUUGAUCUUCGUUGUCAAUUAUAUAAUAAAAUUUUAGGAUCAACAAAAGCAUAUGAUUUUUAUGAAACACUUAUAAAUGGUAAAAGAAAUAUUCCAAAAUGUAUGUUAAUUGAUAGUUUAAUAGAAUAUACAAGAAUUCAUUUUGUUAAUACACCAAUUUUAUUAUUUGAAAGUUGGAGAAAUCAAAUUUCAAAUGCUAGAGUACCACCAUCAAAAAUUAAAUCAACAAUUACAUUAAAUAAUUUUAAACAACCAGAAAUGUAUGUUUUAAAAAUACAAUAUAUGAUGGUAAAAGAAUUUUCACAAUAUUUUAAUGAACUUGGAUGGGAAAAUCUUUGGAUAGAUGAUAUUACUAAUAAAAGUAUAAUUAAAAAUAAUCAAUCACUUGAAUAUUAUCCACAAUGUACAGAACCACCAAAUAUUUGGAUGGUGCAAGUAAUGAAAUAUGGUGUACUUUUAGCAAAUAUUUAUUUUAAAAAACCUUAUCUUUCUGUUCAUAUAUAUGCUUGGGAACUUCAUUGUUUUUAUAAUAAUAUGAAAGGAUUAUAUAUAAGUAAUGAUAUAUAUAAUUAUAAGGAUAUGAAAAAUUUUGAAAAUAUAAAAGAUGAAGUAAUAUCAAUCUUUCAUCUUCAUUCAUUUUCAUAUGACUAUCAUUUACGAAUUGGAUGGAAAUAUAUGUUAAGUAGAGAACAUAUUAUAUUUCCAAAUGAUUAUAAUGUUCCAUUAUUUUUAUUUAAUCUUCUUAAAUAUUAUGAAUAUAGACCACCAUAUAGUAGAAAUGCAUUAUAUGAAAUAAUUAUUGAAAAUAAAAAUUUAAAAAUUCAACCAGAUUGUGUAUGGGAAAAAUUUUUAGAUAGUAAACAAAAAUCUUCAAAAAUGGUUGUACGUUUUCAAAGAAAUGAUUUUAUGAUUGUUGAAGAAGAAACAAUUUUUAUUUAUGAACAAAUGUAUAAAGUUAUUACAGUUAUGUUAAGAGCACCUGUUAAAUCAUGUCCUAGAAGUCAAUUAAAUAUUAGAGUAUUUAAAAUAUUAAUUAAUAUUGAAGAAAAAUUUCCUUUAAUAAAAAGUUUUACAGGAAAUGAAGAAAUUUAUAAUGUUGAAAAUGAAAUUGGUGGUGGAAUAGAUAGUAAAGAUGAGAAUGAACAAAAAACAUCUGUAAUUAAAUUUUCAUUUCCAAGUCAAGAUGGUGAAUCAAAAUAUGAAGAUGAAAAAAAUAAUGAAGAUAAUUGUAAUGAAAUUAUUACUGAUAUUGAUAAUAUAUUUUGUUUUAUGGAAGAAUCACCAAAUCAUAAUAUUGUUCAUGAAAUUUGUACAAUUGAAAAAUUAUAUACAUCACCACUUUUAAAUGAUUAUUCUACAAUUAAUGAAAAUAAUGAAGAAUGGGAUGAUGAUAAUGAAGUAAAUUGUUUUGGAUUAAAAAUGUCAGUUGAUUUAGUUACAGCAUUAAAAAAUCAAGAAAAUAUUCCACCAUCAAUAUUAAAUGAUUCACUAAAUAUUUGUGAAGAAUCUAUUAUAACUGAAUCUAAUGAUAUAUUUGAUUUUUUAUUUGAAGAAGAUAUAUAUGAAACCGGUGUAUGUCCACAAAUUGAACAAGAUGAUCAUCAAAGUGAAGAAUUUAUUGAUGAUAAUCUUUUAGGAAAUCAUAAUACAGUUAAAAUAACAAGUGAUGUAGCAGAUAUAUCACAUUCUUUAUCAAAUAAUCAACAAUUACUUCAAACAAUACUUGCUAAGAUGGGAGAAGAUGAAAUAAUGAAAAUUGUAAAAGAUACAAAUGAAUGUGAAUUAUGUAUAAGAAGACAAAGAUUUUGGGAAUUAUUAGCAAGAAAACGAUUUUUACCAAAAAAAAAUAAAAUGAAAAAUAAUUUUAAAGAAAAAUCAAUGGAAUUUAUUUUUCCUCAAAAAAUUGGACAAUUAUAUGAUUUAUUAAAUAGAAGAUUGAUAAAUGAUGAAGUUGAAGAAUUAUAUGAUGUUAUAUAUAAAAAUGAUGAAAAAGAUUGUUUAAAAAAUGUUGAUAAAAUAUAUAAUAUAUCAAAGAUAUUGAAAGAAAAAGUAUAUCAUGAGUUUUUUAAAUUUAUUAAAUUACAAUAUAAUAGAGAAAGGACUCGUUUUAUACAUGGUAUCAAAAACACACAUUUUAUAUAUAUCCCAAAUGAUGAAUAUGAUUUUGGUGUUUCUUAUACAUUAAAUACAAAUAAAAGUAUAAAACUUUGGAUUAUAUCAAAAAAUGAGAUACAACUAAAUAAAAACAAUUAUACUGAUGAAGAAAAAAUUAUCAUUGAUAAAUAUAUGAUGCUGUUUAAUAAUUCAAUAGAAUUAAUUUUAAAAUUCCGUCAAGAAUAUAAAAUUGAUUUAUGA